UAGCUGAACGCCUGCAAGUCCUGACCACGUGACAAGUAGCUCCGCGCUGAUUGGCUGUAGAAGCUGGGCUCUGCCUACGGUUCAGUGCUCCGGUGUGUGCUGCUGUGAAGGCUUUCACUUGCGCAUCUGAAGACAAAGCAGCCAUGUGGAUGUACUUAUUGGCUUUGGUGGUCCUGUACUAUGUGGUGCGCUGGUUCCGUGAGCUGGAGAGAGUUCCAUACAGAGGGAGUAAGUACGUUUAUAUCACUGGCUGCGACUCCGGCUUCGGGAACCUUCUAGCACGCCAUCUGGACAAGUGUGGAUUCUGUGUGGUGGCAGCAUGUUUUACAGAAAAGGGUGAAGAGGAACUGAAAAAAUCCUGCUCAAGCAGAAUGUCAACAGUCCAUCUGGAUGUCAGAAAGCAGGAAAGCAUUGAAAAGGCUGCAGCCUUCAUCAAGGAGCUAGUGGGGCAGAAAGGUCUGUGGGCCGUGGUCAAUAACGCGGGGGUCUCUAUUCCCUCGGGUCCCUGUGACUGGUUGACCCUGGAAGACUACAAGUCCAUGCUGGCUGUCAAUCUUGAUGGAGUCAUUGGUGUGACCCUGAGUGUCCUUCCUCUCAUUAAGAAAGCCAGGGGACGUGUGGUUAACGUGGCCAGUGUGUUUGGCAGGAUCACGCCAGUUGGAGGACCCUAUUGUGUGUCCAAAUAUGGUGUGGAAUCAUUUAAUGACAGCCUCAGGAUAUGUAUGCACCCAUUUGGAGUGAAAGUCCUGUGUAUUGAGCCAGGUUUCUUUAAGACCAGUGUGACGGACACUGAUUUGCUAAUCAGAAAUGUUAAAAUGCUCUGGGAAAGAUUGCCAAAGGAGACAAAAGAUGACUAUGGAGACAAUUACCUAAGCGAAGUGGAAACAAUGAUGAAAAAGAAGCUAUCCAAGAUGCCAGAUGGUGACUUGAUGAAGGUUGUGAGCUGUAUGGAGCAUGCCGUCUCAGCCGUGCGCCCUCGCACCCGUUACUCCCCUGGCUGGGAUGCUAAAUUUUUCUGGCUGCCGCUGUCUUAUGCCCCGACCUGUAUUUCUGACUAUGUGCUACUUAGAGAAAUCAUCAAACCUGCCAAAAUGGUGAAUUAGACUGAUGCGCUAAGCUACAAUAAAGUCCAAUAUUUAGACAAUGA